AUGUGAAUGGCUUCGCAACUGGCUGGUCCCUUAGAAUUCUUGACUUUGAGAAGCCUUGGGCUGUGAGCUCAACCCACUUAUUUAAUCCAUUUUACAUGGUCGGUUGUAUCUGGGGAAAAAAAAAAAAAGCUCAGCUGGGCAGGGGUGGGGGACCAAGGAAAUCUUCUGGAAACACACACACACACUCUCUGACACACUCACAGGAGAAAGGAAGAAUGAAGCAGGGAAGACUUUCAUAACCUCCCUGCCGGCCCUUCCGUUUUCCGGGAAGAACCUGGGUGUUUUAUAUCUUUUAAGCCAUUUUAGCAUCUAUCUGAUGUUUCGCAAGACGCUCUCUUGUUAGCUACUGGUGUGUGUGUGUGUGUGCGCGCGCGUGCCUAUCUGAUGCAACUGUCUUUAUCCAACUGCCCAGAAGCAAAUGUGUUAACUCGGUGAUGCCCCUCCAUGCCCUGCUUCUCACAAAGCUCGGAGGACGCCCAGACCCGUUUUCUCGGCUGGAUUCGGAGUGGCUGCCUGGCUGUGAACCCAGGUGUGUGGAUAGCUUUGCACAGAGGCUUGGAAGGAGCCAGGAUUAACUUGCUUCCAGGUACAUUGCAAGAUCGCCAGAGGGUCUUGUUUUCGUGCAUUUAGACCUUUCUGUCUUGGCCAGAAGAAUAUUACGUUUCCGUCCACAGCAUUUGAAGCCAAAAGUUCAGUCCUUGGAGCUGGUGUGCUGUACAAACAAGGUAACCAGGAUUGCUUUUCAAACUGCUUAACAAAAUCCCCGACUCCUCCUCAGCCCUUUCCCGGCUCCCUCCUCCCCACCAAAAUGUCACCAGCUUUUGAAUUAUGUGGAUUUGGUUUGGAGAAAAACUUGAAGGGAACGUGAUCAAACAGCUAUGCCAGACCGCUCUCUUUGCUGCUAGCUGUCCGGUGGGCCUCGAAGACGAUCCUGAUAAGAACCAGUUCCCUCCCUGCUUCUUCCUUCCUUUGCGGUCUGGGUGUGCGUGUGCAAGUGUGAAUGCGAGUGCGCGCGCAUCCGUGUGCGAGUGUGUGAGUGUGCGUGUGUCUGUGUGUGCGUGCGCGGUCGCCCUGCCUCUGCCCGCUUUCCGGGCGCGGAGCCGCGGGUUUCAUGGGGCGAUCGCCUCGGAUCCCCCACCCAGCGCAACCUGCGGGCAGCGGCGGCAGUGGCAGGAGCCGCCUCUUCGAUUCCCUAGGAUGCGGGUGCUGAGCCAUGGCAAAGGGCAGCGAAGUGACGAACAAGACCCGUGCAAGACUGUGAAAGCCACCUGGAGCCACCUUGCCGGGAUUGUACCUGUGGGCAGAAAGUCCUCCUACGACCGUCUUUUCCCCUAGAGACAACCAGAGUCCCUGUAACCAUUCAGCCAGGUGGUGAGAAGAUAUUUAAGUAGCUGAGCACCCUUACUCCUGACACCAUCCUAACAAUCAGCUUUGGAGAUGCUUUCAUCCUGCCCAUCUUCAGCAGCAGCCAGGCAGAGUGCCGACGUCUUCACUGCAGUGAGGAACUCUUCAGACUCCAGAAGCUCUUAAAUCUGAUCUACAAUGGAAAAAAUUCUUUUUUAUCUGUUUUUCAUUGGCAUAGCAGUGAGAGCUCAGAUCUGUCCAAAGCGUUGUGUCUGUCAGAUUUUGUCUCCUAAUCUUGCAACCCUUUGUGCCAAGAAAGGGCUUUUAUUUGUUCCACCAAACAUUGACAGAAGAACUGUGGAACUGCGGUUGGCAGACAAUUUUGUUACAAAUAUUAAAAGGAAAGAUUUUGCCAAUAUGACCAGCUUGGUGGACCUGACUCUAUCCAGAAAUACAAUAAGUUUUAUUACACCUCAUGCUUUUGCUGACUUACGAAAUUUGAGGGCUUUGCAUUUGAAUAGCAACAGAUUGACUAAAAUUACAAAUGAUAUGUUCAGUGGGCUCUCCAAUCUGCAUCAUUUGAUAUUAAACAACAAUCAGCUGACUUUAAUAUCUUCUACAGCGUUUGAUGAUGUCUUUGCCCUGGAGGAGCUGGAUCUGUCCUAUAAUAAUCUAGAAACAAUUCCUUGGGAUGCUGUUGAGAAGAUGGUUAGCUUGCACACCCUUAGUUUGGAUCACAAUAUGAUUGAUAACAUUCCUAAGGGGACUUUCUCCCACUUGCACAAGAUGACUCGGCUAGAUGUAACAUCGAAUAAAUUGCAGAAGCUACCACCUGACCCUCUCUUUCAGCGAGCUCAGGUACUAGCAACCUCAGGAAUCAUAAGCCCAUCUACGUUUGCAUUAAGCUUUGGUGGAAACCCUUUGCAUUGCAAUUGUGAAUUGUUGUGGUUGAGACGUCUAUCCAGAGAAGAUGACCUAGAGACCUGUGCUUCUCCUGCACUUUUAACUGGUCGCUAUUUUUGGUCAAUUCCUGAGGAAGAGUUUUUGUGUGAGCCUCCUCUGAUUACUCGCCAUACACAUGAGAUGCGAGUCCUGGAGGGUCAAAGGGCAACACUGAGGUGCAAAGCCAGGGGAGAUCCUGAACCUGCAAUUCACUGGAUUUCUCCUGAAGGGAAGCUUAUUUCAAAUGCUACAAGAUCUCUGGUGUAUGAUAAUGGAACCCUUGAUAUUCUUAUAACAACUGUAAAGGAUACAGGUGCUUUUACCUGCAUUGCUUCCAACCCUGCUGGGGAGGCAACACAAACAGUGGAUCUUAAUAUAAUUAAGCUCCCUCACUUACUAAACAGUACAAACCAUAUCCAUGAGCCUGAUCCUGGUUCUUCUGAUAUCUCAACUUCUACUAAGUCGGGUUCUAAUACAAGCAGUAGUAAUGGAGAUACUAAAAUGAGUCAAGAUAAAAUUGUGAUAGCAGAGGCAACAUCGUCUACGGCACUACUUAAAUUUAAUUUUCAAAGAAAUAUCCCUGGAAUACGUAUGUUUCAAAUACAGUACAAUGGUACUUAUGACGAUACCCUUGUUUACAGAAUGAUACCUCCUACAAGCAAAACUUUUCUUGUCAAUAACUUGGCUGCUGGAACUACGUAUGACUUGUGUGUAUUGGCAAUAUAUGAUGAUGGCAUCACUUCCCUCACUGCAACAAGAGUCGUGGGUUGCAUCCAGUUUACUACGGAACAGGAUUAUGUGCGCUGCCAUUUCAUGCAGUCCCAGUUUUUGGGAGGCACCAUGAUUAUUAUCAUUGGUGGAAUCAUUGUAGCGUCUGUGCUGGUUUUCAUCAUCAUUCUAAUGAUCCGGUAUAAGGUUUGUAAUAAUAAUGGGCAACACAAGGUCACGAAGGUCAGCAAUGUUUAUUCUCAAACUAAUGGGGCCCAAAUGCAAGGCUGCGGUGUAACGCUGCCCCAGUCCAUGUCCAAACAAGCUGUGGGACAUGAAGAGAAUGCCCAGUGUUUUAAAGUUGCCAAUGACAAUGUGAUCCAGUCUUCAGAAACUUGUUCAAGCCAGGACUCCUCUACCACUACCUCUGCUUUGCCUCCUACCUGGACUUCAAGCACUUCUGUGUCCCAAAAGCAGAAAAGAAAGACUGGCACAAAACCAAGUGCCGAAUCACAGAGCGAAGCUGUCUCAAAUGUUGAGUCCCAAAACAUUAACAGGAACAACUCAACUGCCUUGCAGUUAGCUAGUCGACCUCCUGAUUCUGUUACGGAGGGGCCCACAGCUAAAAAAGCACAUUCAAAGCCAAAAAUCAUUGAGAACUCACAUACAAAAUUGGAUUUGGGAAUUCCAGGCUUGUCUCUCUUUGAUACCCAGAUGCUUUGCUGACUAAUGUUGACCAGAUUGUGCAGGAAACACAGAGGCUGGAGUUAAUCUGAAGAGCACCACUUCUUCUGUCUCCUGAAAACAGUUGCCACUGAUAUUUUUACUGGAUAAAACUCAAAAAAGUUUCAGUUCACAAAGGCUAUUGUUGAACUCGUGUCCUAGAAGAAAUUUUCCACAGGAGCCAAAGCAGAAGUCUCUAAUAACAGCAGAAAUGGCUCCAUAAGACCAUGGUUCAUCCUCUUUUGAAACCAACUUUUUUUUUCUGGCCUACAAGUAUUUUUUUUUAAAGAAAGAAAGAAAAAACGCCUACAUUGGCAUCAAGUUCUGUAUCAAUCCAUGUUACAUUGCCAUCCAUGGUUUAACAGACUGUAGAGUCUUGAAUAAUCUAUAUCACUUUAACAAAUAAAUGUUU